AUGGCGGACCUCUCCCAUCUCUCCCGCACACUCCGCCUCGUCCUCGAGUCCGCACCCGAGGCACCGUCCCUCACCACCCUCCUCGCCCUCGUCGACAGCUUUGUCCUCCAGGUCGCAAACUCACCCAGCCCAGGUCCCCUACUGAGCGCUCUCGAGGAUGAGCUGCAGGAAAUCUGCGACUCGGUCGUCGAGCUCGACCAGAGGGAGGUCUUUCUCGCCGUCCUGUACCACCUCCAGCCCAUCCUGCCGCCCGCGUCGCUGAUCGAGCGGUGGUUCGACCUCAUCCUGCGCCGAGCGCUGCGUGAGCCGCGCCUGCCCCGGCCGGCGCUGGACCACGCGAAGGAGCUCAUCAUUGCCGCCCUCGACUCCUGUACGCACACGGACAUUGGCGCGAAGGACGCGUCGGAGGAGGAGCGCGAGAAGGAGCGCGAGAGGCAGCGCGAGAAGGUGGGCGAGUUCAGGCGCCGGCUGAUGGACCUGUAUCUCCUGGACGCCUAUAACGAGAGCUCAGGUGAGGAUGUCAUCGAGUGGGCGGCACUUGAUGGGGACGAGCGGGGUACCAAGGCAAGCUGGAAGAACAACUUAGAGGAUGUGCUCGUGAAGGGCGGUCUGGAGAGGCCGCAGGAUUUCCUGACAGAAGUGUACCACUGCUUCUCCUCCCCAUCGUCGCGCCUUCAGCUACUCAUUCUUCUCAAUGUCUACACGUCCCAACCCGGGUUCACUGAAGUUGCUUCGAUCCUGGCUGGGCACCGACUUAUGACAUGCCUGCUGCACUCCCUACUCUUCGAUGGCUCCUCAACCGCUGCAAACAUAGCACUCACAGUGAUUACUAAACUCUUGCCCAUUGUCGCCGUCAAAGCCUGCGAAGACCUGAAGGGCUUGCUCCCGCUCCUGCUCGCCGUCCUCGCGCGCAUCAUAUGCUGGCGGGAACGCGAGCUGCCUGUCCCCGCAAUGGAAUCGCUGGACGGAGAGACUGUGAGCGAUGUAGAAGACAAUGCUGACACGCAGAGUCUCGCGUUCGUCCUGGAUAUUCGAGAGGACCUCGAGUGGACGCGUCUGGAGCAGACAUUCGCAUGCGGCGCAUCGUCUGCGCCCUCUGCACACCGGUAUUUCACGCAUCUGUACUACCUGUUCCCGUGUAACACCCUCCGCUUCCUGCGCCAUCCUAUACAGUACAUGAAGGACAGUGAGCUCGAGAGCCCGUACAAUGUCGGAUGGGAGGACGCGCUAGACGAGGAUCAAAUUCGAAGCAGGAGCGAGCCGCUGAUGCGUGGGCACGUCCUGCAUCCCCUCUUGAUCUGGCGCACACCUGCUGAGGAGCUGUCGAAGCCCGAUUUCUGGACACAAUAUGACAUCGCGCGCAUCGUCGGCGACUGCACGAUGCUUGACGUGCGCAAUACUGCGCUCGGCAUGCAGCAGCGCACGCCCACCGUGCUCUCCACGGACCCGGAGCCCGCUUCCGCCCCGCUCUCUAGCUCCGCCCUUGCGACCCCGCUCGGCCCGCAGUCGCUGGGCACGUCCACGGUCUCCUCGCCGACCGUCCGGCCCGUCGACCUGUCCUCGGGGAAGCCGCAGGUGUCGCUGCAGGACAUGAUCGAGACGUCCAUCGCGCUUCGAUCAGGUUUGGACGUCGAGAUCGUGCAGCCCGCGCCCGCGUGGUCCUCCGGCGCGGUCGCCUCCUCGUCAAACGUGCGGCCGCCUUCCGUUUUCACCAUGGACACUGCGGCGCCGGAGCACCGCAGCACGUCGCCACCGACCUCGAUUGGGGACGCUGCUUCGGUGCGCCCGGGGUCCAUAGGCGGUGUGUCGGUGGCGGGAGCGGGCGGGGACCAUGUGCCGGUGCAGAUGGUACAGGCACUCGCGGGCCUGCAGCGGGAGGUGCUGCUUCUGCGGAACGAGCUCAACUUCGAGCUGUGGAACGCGCGGGAGAACGUGAAGCACAUCGGGCGGCUGUACCAGGACCGCGUGCUGUCGAAGACGGCUGAGAUGGAGCGGCAAGGGCUCCACAACAAGCUUCGGGAGUACAAGCAGGAGAUCGGGCGGCUGCAGCGCGAGCUGAAGGAGCACAAGAACCAUGCGACGCAUACGAAAAAUCAAUACGAGGACUGGAAUCGCAAAAUGCAGGAUAAGCUGAAAGAGUCGAGGGAGGAGCGCAAGAAGCGUGAGGCGAAUACGACGAAAUUGAGCGCGGAGAAGAAGGAUGCAGCGUUUGUAGAGCAGGGCAAACAGCUUGCCGAGUCGGUCCAGAAGGUGUUCUUGCUCGAGACUCAGAUCAAGGAGAACGCGCAUAAGGUCGAUCGACUGCGUGACUAUGAGAAGCAAAUCGACCAGUUGAUCAAGCUUCAGCAGCUCUGGGAGAUGGACGUGCAGAAGCUCAACGAUCAGGCAGAAUAUUUGCAGGUCGUCACGAGCAAAUACAAGAAGAUGGAGAUCAGACUCGAGACCUACGAAAAGACGCACACCGAAAUGGAUACGGCCAUGCGAAACUAUCAGCACGAAAUCGAGGCGUCACGAGCACACCUCGCGCUCGCGCAAAGGGAAGGCGCGCGCAAAGCGAGCAUCAUCGCGAAGCAGUCGACGGCAGGCGCAGAGAUCGCGAAGCUCACACGAGAUAACCAGCGACUGCGCGAUGAGAACUCGGAACUGAGGGACGAGAUAGAGAAGUUGAAGGAGAUGGUGGAAAUCCUGAAGGCACGGAGUGAGAGGGGACGGGCGGUGGCGCGGACAGGGUCGCUGCCGGUGGGGAUGAUAGGAAGCAGUGCGGCUGAGACUUGA